AUGGGACGUAAUACCUUGACACGUCCCCUCGAUCAACAGAUUUCAGCCGAACAUCAUCGAUUACUAGCCGGGACGAUAACGUACCAAUCUCGCUCACGUUUGAGUUCCGCUUCAUCUGAUGUCAGUCAAUUUAGUAUUGGUCAUAGUUCAUCAGCAUCCAAUUAUGUUUCACCUCAACGAAGGUACAUGCCUCCAUCUGACAUUGAAUCUGAACACGAAGAGCCAACAAGUGAUCAUGAGUCCAGUGAGAAAAUGAGUAAACGACAAAAGUUACUGACAAUGUACAAGAAUAAAUUUAAACAAUUCAAAGAUGCGUAUGAUGAAGUUGAGCGUGAAAACGAACAUGUCAGGAGUAUUCUUCAACAACAACAAGAUCAAUCGACAAAACGAUUAAGCGAGCUGCGUGAACAAAUUAAAUUGGACAAACAAGCAAAAGAACAUUUAGAAGUUCUUUAUCAGAAAGAACUAAAAUUCAGAGAAGCGAAAAUUAAUGAACUGAACGAUAAACUAACGACACAUCAGAACGAUAUGGUAGACUUAUCACACAAAGCUGAUCAAGAGGAAAUAAAAAAUCUGAAAGAGAAGAAUGGUAAACUCGAAGAUUUAUUGAUACGUUGUAAAGCUACAAUUAAAAAUCAUGAAACGAAACAGCAUGAACUCGUUAAAAGUCGAGACGAUUUAAAUCAACGUUUAAAAGAGAAAGAAUCUUUAAUCGAUUCAAUGAUGAAAGAAAGACAUCCUGGUACACCGAAUGAAUUCCGUGAACAUUUUGAAUCUGAUAUUGCCGUUUUAUUACGGGAUAAAGAACGUUUGCUUGAGCAACUUGAAUCCACACGCUAUUUUGUUAAACAACUUGAAAGUGAACUUGAAAAGAUAAAGCAAAAACAGGUAAUGGAAAACGAUGAAGAACAACAGCAAAUUGAUAACGAUCUUGCUACGGCCAUGCGCAACAAAGAAGAUGAAUUAGCAAAGAAAUCCGACGAAACCGAUCAUUUACAAAUGUUAUUAGAUGCAGCUAGUAGAGAACGUGAUUUAUUCAAACAAAAAUGUGAAGAAAUGGAACAACAAAAAAACCAAGACAGUAAUAUGAAAGCGUCCGCCGAUGACCAUAAUCAGCAAAUAAACGAUUUAACAACAAACAUUGAAUCACUAAAGUCAGAACUAGAUAAAAGACAAAAACAGAUCGAUUCCUUGAAUGAUACCAUACACGAUUUUCAAGUUAAACACGAAGAGUUGAAAGUAGCAAAUGAACGCUUGAUAGAAGAGAAGGAGAGACAAGUUGAAGAGCAAUCUCGUUUGAACGAACAACGCGAAGUUACACAUCAACAAACUAUCGAUAGUGUAAAGUUAGCUUAUGAGAAAAAAGUGGACGAACUGAAGACAUUGAAUAGUGAAAAUGAAGAAAAAUUAGACAAUCUAAAUGAUCUUCAGGCCAUUAUUGAACAAUUAACAGAAGAACAAUCUCGCUCCACAUCAUUAGAAGAAAAGAUUGAAAAUCUAGAGAAAGACUAUUUGUUGCGUGAGAACAAUUUUAAGACAACAAUUUCCAAUCAACAACUCGAUAUCGGUCGUUUAAAUGAAGAAAAGGAAAAAUUAACUGUUGAAAUAUCAUCAAUUAACAAUGCUUUAGCGAACAGCAAUGUCAGUGAUAUGAAUAGUGAUAAUAUCAUACGAAAUAUUUCUUAUUUAAAAAACGAAAUAGAACGAUUACGAGCUGAAAGUGAAGGGUUCAAAACUGAAUUACGUCCCUUGUUAGACAUCGAUACUGAGUAUGAUGAGAUUCCAAAAAUCAUCGAGAUAGCUAAAAGCUCAUAUUCUAAGAUGAAAAACAAGUCUUCAAAAUAUGAAAAUGAGAUUGAUGAAUUGAAGAAAUUCAUCGACAGAAACAGAGAAUUAAAUGAAAAUAAUACUAGUGAUGAACUAAAGAAACUUCAUAACAAAAUUGAUUUGUUGACGAAUGAACAAAAAGAAAAACAACAUAUGAUCGGUCAAUUGACAUUAAAUGCUAGUCAGAAAGAAGACGAUAUCAAUCGAUUAUCAGAAAAAUGUGAACAGUAUGAAGUGACAAUAGAUGAUCUAAAAAAACACAUCAAACAAUAUGAAAUUAAAAUUAAUACCAUCGAAGCAGAAAUAUCUACAAAACUGAAUUAUGAAAGUGUUAUUAAAACGUUGGAAAAUGGAAUUGAUACUUUGAAAGAGACAUUGAACAAUGAAGAAAAACGAUACAUUGACCAAACUAAUCAAAUGGAGAUGAUGAAAAAAGAGUAUGAAAAUAAAGUUAAUGUAUUAAUAAUUGAAAAUAAAGAGCAUCUGGAAAAACUUCAUAAACUAGAAGAAAUAACAACUUUACAAUUGGCAUUAGAUAAUGUUAGUAAAGAGCGAAAUUCACUGAAACAGAUGUAUGAUGAAAUGGAGCAAGCAAUGUUGGUCAAACAACAACAAUAUGAGCAGAAAGGUGAGCACUCUACUGUAGUUUGGAUGCAGAAAUUUAUCUGA